AUGGGAAAGAUGGAGCCAGAGGAGCAGUGGUGGAAAAGCCAGCUUGCUACAGAUAUCCAUCAAGCUCUUCGAAUUAAGGAACUGAAACUGCCCACUUAUCAGGCCCACUCUCCUCAGAUUGGCAUGAGGCGUUACUUUGCAGACCUGCUGGCCAUCCUCAGUAACCGUUACCAGCUGUGCCCCACAGCACGCCACCUUGCCGUCUACCUCCUGGACCUCUUUAUGGAUCACUAUGACGUAGCUGUGCGGCAGCUCUACGUCAUUGCCCUGUCCUGUCUCCUUUUAGCCAGUAAAUUUGAGGAGAAGGAGGACCGCGUGCCUAAGCUGGAACAACUCAAUUCACUUGGCUUCAUGUGCAGUCUCAACCUGACCCUCAACAAACAGGACCUCAUUCGCACAGAGCUGCUACUACUGGAGACGUUUGGCUGGAACCUGUGUUUACCCACACCCGCCCAUUUCAUUGACUACUACCUCCACGCUGGAGUGCAGGAGGGUGAUCUCCAUAAUGGAUGGCCCCUCUCUUCCCUCUCCAAGACCAAAGCCUUUAUGGACAAAUACACUCAUUACUUUCUGGAGGUCUCGUUGCAAGAUCAUGCCUUCCUGAGCUUCAGACCGUCUCAGGUGGCAGCAGCCUGUAUUGCUGCCUCACGAAUCUGCUUGCAGAUCUCUCCCAGCUGGACCACAGUACUCCAUCUGCUCACCGGCUACUCCUGGGACCACCUGACUCAGUGCAUACAGCUCAUGCUGGUUGCCCAUGAUAACGAUGUAAAAGAAGCCAACAAAUCCAAGUCUUUGCCCACAUCUGGCCAGUCUCACCAGCACCAUCAGCAUACCCAUGCCUCACCCAGCCCAGCCUCCUCAUCUUCCUCCUCAUCUUCUUCGGCAUUGCAUAGACAGCCCACCUCCAGCUCCCAGCAGCAGCAGCAGCAGCCGCUGCUGCUCCAAGUGGGUGGUUACUCACAGCUGUCCCAGCUCCAAAUGUUGGCGGACUGCCAGCCUCUUGGACCCGUGAGCUCACGUGACUACCUCCAGCCCCACCAGGCCGGCCUGCUGUCAGGUUCUCUACCCGGUCCUGGCGGGUCGUUCCCGUCUUUCCCCCACGGGCUUGCCUCAGGCUUACGUGGCUGGCCUCUCCAGAGCCCCCUCUCCAUGCAGAUGAGCGUGGGGGCAGAGCCUCGUCACUGUGUGGGCCUGGCGUACGGCGGCGGAGGGUAUUUGGGUUCCCACCACGGCUUUGCUACGGGCUGUUUUGACAGGUGA